CGUAAGUUCCCUUCCAUCUUCUGCCUCGAUCUCAAAUGUACAUCAAAGUUAAACCGUGAGAUUGUUGAACCUGAUUGUUCCGGUUUAGUCAAUCGCAUAGUCUUAGAUUUGAGAAUCGAAAUGUACCUCAUGUUUAGGAACCGAAACCUAGUUUUGCAAUCGUUGCGUCGUUUCAAUCUCGAAACCCUCAUUUCGCGGCGCCUGUGGAUCCCCGCACGAUCCACACACUCGAAACCUCCUCCUCCGGAUAGUAAGCAAACCGGAAUAUUCUCACUAGCUGGGGAAUUAGCAUCUCUCGUAGAGGAAUCUUCUCCUCGCGUUGAUGAUCCCAAACCUAGAAGCCGUAUGGAGCUAAAACGAUCUCUCGAGCUCCGUUUAAAGAAAAGAGUCAAAGAGCAGUACACUAACGGCAAGUUUAAUGAUCUCUUGAAGACAGUGAUCGCUAGGCCCGAGACUCUUCGCGACGCUUAUGAUUGUAUCAGACUUAACUCCAAUGUUCCCGUCACAGAAUCAGAUGGCAAAGUUGCGUUUGCGUUUGAUUCUAUGGCGGAAGAGUUAUCUAGCGGUGUGUUUGAUGUUGCUUCCAAUACGUUUUCGCUUGUGGCUAGAGAUAAAACGAAGGAGGUUCUUGUUAUGCCUAGUUUAGCUUUGAAAGUUGUUCAAGAAGCUAUUAGAAUAGUCUUGGAAGUCGUUUUCAGUCCUUACUUUUCGAAGAUUUCGCAUAGUUGUCGAAGUGGAAGGGGACGUGGCUCCGCGUUGAAGUAUAUCAGCAACAGUGUGUCUCGUUCUGAUUGGUGUUUCACUUUGAGCUUGAACAAAAAAGUGGAUGAUUCUGUUUUCGAGAGCUUGCUCUCUGUGAUGGAGGAAAAGGUAGAAGAUUGUAGCUUAAGCGUCUUGCUGCGUUCUAUGUUUGAAGCCCGGGUGCUUAAUCUGGAGUUUGGAGGGUUUCCCAAGGGCCAUGGUCUUCCACAAGAAGGGGUGUUGUCACGUGUGUUGAUGAACGUGUAUCUUGAUCGGUUUGAUCAUGAGUUUUAUAGGAUCUCAAUGAGGCAUGAGGCUCUUGAUCGUGAUUCACAGAGUGUUGACGAUGGCUUAGGCUCAAAGCUUCGGUCCUGGUUCAGGAGGAAGGCCGGAGAGGAAGAUUUGAAAAGUUGUACGGAGAAGGACGUUGCUGUUAGAGUUUAUUGUUGCAGAUUUAUGGAUGAGAUAUUUUUCUCUGUGUCUGGACCCGAGAAAGUUGCGGUUGAUAUCAGAUCUGAAGCUGUAGAUUUCUUACGGAACUCACUGCAUUUGGACGUCACAGAUGAAAUAGACCCGUCACCAUGUGAAACGGCCAAGGGGAUUCGUGUUUUGGGUACGUUGGUGAGGAAAAACGUGAGGGAGAGUCCCGCUGUAAAAGCUGUUCACAAGUUAAAGGAGAAGGUUAGGCUCUUUGCAUUGCAGAAAGAAGAGGCGUGGACCUUGGGAACAGUUAGAAUUGGAAAGAAAUGGUUAGGACACGGGUUGAAGAAGGUCAAGGAGUCAGAGAUCAGAGGCUUGGCGGAUAGUAACUCUACCUUGAGCCAGAUAUCUUGCCACAGAAAGGCAGGCAUGGAAACAGAUCAUUGGUAUAAGGUCUUGCUUAGGAUAUGGAUGGAGGACGUGCUGAGAACCUCCACGGAUAGAAGCGAGGAGUUUAUCCUGUCCAAGCAUAUUGUUGAACCUACAAUUCCUCAAGAGCUAAGAGACGCGUAUAACAAGUUCCAAACUUCUGCUGCGGCAUAUGUUUCUUCAGAGACAGCUAAAGUAGAAGCGCUUUUACCGUGUCCAGACUCUCAUGAUAAACCUGUUUUCUUUGGUGAUGUUCUUGCUCCUACCAAUGCUAUAAGAAGGCGUCUUUUUCGCUAUGGAUUAGUAACUUCUGAGGGUUAUGCUCGUACGAACUCUAUGCUUAUAUUGCAAGACACUGCCCAAAUAAUUGAUUGGUUCUCGGGACUUGUCCGGCGAUGGGUGAUAUGGUAUGGAGGCUGUAGUAAUUUUGAUGAGAUGAAAGCUCUUAUCGACAAUCAGGUCAGAAAGUCAUGCAUCCGGACUUUGGCGUCGAAAUAUCGAAUACACGAAAAUGAAAUAGAGAGACGCCUUGAUGAAGAACUGAGCACGAUACCCUCUGCUGAAGAUAUAGAACAGGAGAUACAACAUGAGAAACUAGAUUCUCCGGCGUUUGACAGGGAUGAACAUCUAACGUACGGCAUUUUCAAUAGUGGUUUGUGUUUGUUGUCUUUAGCUCGAAUAGUGAGCGAAUCAAGGCCUUGCAAUUGCUUUGUAUCUGGCUGCUCUAUGGCUGCACCUGCUGUUUAUACUCUACAUGCAAUGGAAAGACAGAAGUUUCCUGGUUGGAGAACUGGAUUUUCUGUUUGCAUUCCUUCUAGCUUAAAUGGAAGGAGAAUAGGGCUCUGUAAGCAACACCUCAAAGACCUCUACUUAGGUCAAAUAUCACUUCAAGCUAUUGACUUUGGAGCGUGGAGAUGAUUACUUUCUCUCCACUACACGACUCGUUGCUGAUAUCUUCCUAGGUCAACUCUGACUCGUUUUAGAGAUGUUUGUUAAGCUCUGUGUAUCUGACGUCUAGAAAAAUCUAAGGUCCGGUUAUUAUUGUCCUUCGGCUGUGUACAGUUAGUUGCACAGUUUGAAUACCCUCAGAGUUUAGAACCGUGGCAUUAGCUGUGCUUGUGGCAACUGCUAGGUUUUGAACGUGACAAAUGGAGCUAGCGGAUCGAGCAGUUGGGCUUCUAUUAUCUUCGAUCAGCUUAUCCAUAUUCACGUACUAUACUUUCUGGGUCAUCAUCCUGCCAUUUGUAGAUAGUGAUCACUUCAUCCACAAGUACUUUUUGCCUCAAGACUAUGCCAUCCUCGUACCUGUCUUCGCUGGCGUAACUCUCCUCUCUCUUCUUUCCGUAUUCAUUGGAAUGGUCAUGCUCAAAUCCAAAAAGAAGAAGGCUUGAUAUUUUUUCUUGGUUCUUUUGUGCCUACUUAGUUGGACCUUUUGGUCUUUUCAGUGGUUUAUAUCUGCCUGAACUUUAAAUAAUGUAGUUGAACCGUACGAGACUAUGUCCGGAAGGUGAAUACGUAACAUAUCCCCUAUAUAUUAAUUGAGGAACAUUUGAAAAGAUGUAACCUUAAUUUUGUAUUAAUUAAAAGAGGUCCCAAUGCA